UUACCCUCUCCGCUUUGCCAAACGAUCACAACUUUCCUCGUAAUGAUAAGACCACCACGCAAUUCUCUUCCCAUGACUCAUCCCUCUUCUGGAUAACGAGAGGACUGUCGCUCCAUUUUCUUCCCCUACCUCCUCUCUCCCUCAUUUCCGAUUUCUUGCACAAUGGCCGGCUGGUUCGCGAGAUCCUCCACCUUGGCCCGCCAUCUGGCAAGGACGUCGUCGAUGACUUCUCCGGCCGCAGGAGGAUGCCUGAGUUCGAUACGCCGCCAUGGAACCUUGAAAGCGGGCGACACUGUGUUGUCUCCUACGGAUGAUCCUUACCGACAUCAGGAGCUUGAUUUUCCAGGAGGGAAGGUUAUGUUUGUCCCUGAAAUGAAUUUUUUGCCGGGGUCUACCAGUGAGCGAAUUAACUGCUACUGUGUUCUUGAUGACAAUGGGCAAACAUUCUCAAAGAGCAAAUUCCAAGAGCUGAGCAAGGAAGAUGCUGUGAAAAUGUAUAUUGACAUGGUCACUUUGCAAGUUAUGGAUACCAUUUUCUAUGAGGCUCAAAGACAAGGAAGAAUUUCCUUUUAUCUUACCUCAAUUGGUGAGGAAGCUAUUAAUGUUGCAUCAGCUGCUGCACUAAAAAUAGAUGAUAUCGUCUUUCCUCAAUACAGGGAGCCUGGUGUGCUUUUGUGGCGUGGCUUCACUCUUCAAGAGUUUGCAAAUCAAUGUUUUGGCAAUAAACUAGACUAUGGUAAAGGACGUCAAAUGCCAAUCCACUAUGGAUCUAACCGUCUCAAUUACUACACAGUGUCAUCACCUAUUGCAACACAGAUUCCUCAUGCUGUUGGAGCUGCUUAUUCACUUAAGAUGGAUGGCAAAAAGGCAUGCACGAUCACAUACUUUGGAGAUGGUGGCACCAGUGAGGGAGAUUUCCAUGCUGCUUUAAACUUUGCUGCUGUAAUGGAGGUACCUGUCAUCUUCUUUUGCCGCAACAAUGGUUGGGCAAUAAGCACCCCUACGACAGAGCAAUUCCGAAGUGAUGGCGCUGUCGUUCGAGGACAGGCCUAUGGAAUUCAUAGUAUUCGCAUUGAUGGCAAUGAUGCUCUUGCUGUUUAUAGUGCAGUUCAUGCUGCUCGUGAAAUGGCCAUCCGUGAAUCCAGGCCAAUUUUAAUUGAGGCACUCACAUACAGGGUGGGUCAUCACUCUACAUCAGAUGACUCCACCAAGUAUCGUUCCACAGAUGAGAUAGAACACUGGAGAACUGCUCGAGACCCAGUGUCAAAGUUCAGAAAAUGGGUUGAAGGAAAUGGUUGGUGGAGCGAUGUUGCGGAAGAGGAGCAUAGAAACAAUACCAGGAAGGAGUUAUUGCGAGCUAUUCAGAUGGCAGAGAGAACUCAAAAGCCAUCAUUGAGCGAGCUAUUCACCGAUGUGUAUGACCAAGUUCCUCGAAACCUGCAGGAGCAAGAGAGAACUCUGCGAGAAAUAAUCAAGAAGAAUCCUAAUGAUUAUCCAUCCGAUGUACCUGUGUGACAAAAUCAUGUGCAAGUAUUACUCGCAUUCUGGGAUGCUCACCAGGCCAGCAGUGGAGCAUCUACCAUUGUUUAGCUGAAGGCGAGUAUUCAAAGUCAAUGUACUGACCCAAGAAAAAGUAUUGAUAAAUAAGUCAAAAUCAUAAGUUCAAGCGUAUUCA